AUGCUUCUCGUCGUACUAAGCGCGAACCCUCGUCACGCGCGCUUCCCCUCGACGCCCACGCUUCCCCUCGUCUCUCGCGCUUCCUCCCCGCUCGCGCUUCCCCUCGUCGUCUGCUCUUCUACUCGUCAGCCGUGCUUCCCCUCAUCACCCGCGCUUCCCGUCAUCACCCGCGCUCCCCCCGGCGCUCGCCCUUCCCCUUGUCUCUCGCGCUUCCCCCAGCGCUCGCCCUUCCCCUCGUCGCUUGCGCUUCUCGUCGUCACCGCGCUUAGACUCGUCACCUGCAAUUCCCCUCAGGGACAGAGGGGGAGGGAUAAAGAGGGAGGGAAAGAAGUGAGGGACAGAGGGGGAGGGACAGAGGGGGAGGGACAGAGGGGGAGGGACAGAGAGGGAGGGACAGAAGUGAGGGACAGAGGGGGAGGGACAGAGUGGGAUGGACAGUGGGGGAGAGACAGAGGGAGGGACAGAGGGGUAGGUACAGAGGGGGGAGGGACAGAUGGGGAGGGACAGAGGGGGAGGGACAGAGGGGAGGGACAGAGGGGGGAGGGACAGAUGGGGAGGGACAGAUGUGAAUAUGUGUAA